UUGGUCCGAAAGCGUCAAAGAGCCAAUCAAGGAGGCUCCAGCUCCCUUGUAACCCACAACACAUCCAUACAAUCUGGUGCACGCAGAGCACAGACUCACAGGGAAUUCUCAGAGCUGAGAGGCUCCUUCUCCCUCUCUCUUUCUCUUUUCCUCUCUUUCUCCCCCCCUCUCCCCUCCUUUUUUUUUCCCCUCUUCCUUUCUCUUUCCCUCUCUCUUUCUCCUUCUCUCCUUUGCUGGAGCGGAGACAAGAGUGUAAUUCUCCCAGAUUUUUUUUUUUUUUUUUUUUUAAGGCAGAGUGAAAGAGAAAGAGAGGGGGGAAAAAAAUUAAAAGGAAAAGGAGGAGGGUGAAAGAAAGAAGAGAUCCUGAUGGAAAUCAGGGCACCCUGACCAGCUCCUGCUUGGAGAGGGGGAAAGGCGAGGCGGAAACGAGAUUUCCCUACAAGUUUUUGCUGCUGAAGGUUGCUCAGGAGCCUUCCUCGGUCGGCGAGGGGGGGUGGGUUUGUUUGCUUCUUUCUGCUUUCCCUCCCUUCCCAGCCUCUGCUCUGCAGCCUGACCGUACGGAGGAAAGGUGGAGGGGUGGGGGGGAGGGGGGGGGGAGAGCCAGCCACCCAAAAAGAAAACCCAGCUUCCAGCCGUCACCCUCCGCCGCGAAAGAAGAGAAGGGGGAUCGAGACUAAGAGAAAAAAGAAGAAGAAGAAAAAAAAGGAUCUCGGCUUGUCCAGCCCUUCUGCGGCAACAGGAACAGACAGCGAACCCGGUGGAUUUUUUUUUUUUUCUCCCCUUCUUCGGCGUUUCUUUUCCAGCGCAAGGACUUCCACUCAGGAAAAAAAAAAACAAACCCACAAAACAAACCUGCAGAGACCGAACACACAAAAAAAGCAAGACUAAUAAUGAACAAUCCUGUUAAUCCGCUGUCCCGAGGGCUGGGGAUGUGCCCCGGCUCGGGAAGUUGUAGGCUGUAGAAGUUCUGCCUCUCCCCCAUGUACUGUGCUGUCUAGAGCUUGUUUCUCCCCACCCUAUUUUUUUUUUUAUUUUUGGUGCUUUAUUGCUGUUAUUGUUAUUAUCUUAAUUUUUCUUCUUCAUGAUGUGCUGUUAGAAACCACUCCGGGACUACUCCAGCAGUAGGAAGACCGAGGAGUGGAGUGGAUGAAUAUACCGAUGAGAGAUCCAGUAAUCCCUGGGACAAGCAUGGCUUAUCAUCCUUUUUUACCUCACCGGGCACCGGACUUUGCCAUGAGCGCUGUGUUGGGACAUCAGCCUCCCUUCUUCCCGGCUCUGGCUUUGCCUCCCAACGGGGCAGCCGCCCUCUCCCUUCCUGGGGCUCUGGCUAAACCCAUCAUGGAUCAGUUAGUGGGGGCUGCAGAGACUGGUAUCCCCUUUUCUUCCCUGGGUCACCAGGCGGCAGCCCAUCUGAGGCCUUUAAAAACUCUGGAGCCAGAAGAAGAGGUGGAAGAUGAUCCGAAAGUGCAUCUGGAAGCCAAAGAGCUUUGGGAACAAUUCCAUAAAAGAGGCACGGAGAUGGUGAUUACCAAAUCGGGAAGGUACAAAUUCCAUAAUUCCCGGUGGAUGGUAGCCGGCAAAGCUGACCCUGAAAUGCCAAAGAGAAUGUACAUCCACCCGGACAGCCCGGCCACCGGCGAACAAUGGAUGUCCAAAGUCGUCACCUUUCACAAGCUGAAGCUCACUAACAACAUCUCUGACAAGCACGGAUUUACCAUUUUAAACUCCAUGCACAAGUACCAGCCCCGGUUCCACAUCGUCCGAGCCAACGAUAUUCUCAAGCUUCCCUAUAGCACGUUCAGGACCUACGUUUUCCCGGAGACUGAAUUCAUCGCAGUGACCGCAUACCAGAAUGAUAAGAUCACUCAAUUAAAAAUUGACAACAACCCCUUUGCCAAAGGUUUUCGGGACACCGGGAAUGGAAGGAGGGAAAAAAGGAAGCAGCUGACCCUGCAGUCCAUGCGGGUGUACGAUGAGAGGCAGAAGAAGGAAAACCCCACCUCGGACGAGUCGUCCAACGAGCAGACGGCCUUCAAGUGCUUCGCCCAGUCCUCCUGCCCCGCCGUGCCCGCUGUCGGCACCUCCAGCCUCAAAGAUCUUUGCCCCAGCGAGGGUGACAGCGAUGCGGACAGCAAAGACGAUCCCUUGCUAGAAGCCACCGAGUCGGGCAAAAUCAGCACGACCACCGCCACCACCACCCCAGCGCCCGCCAGCUCCGCCGCGGCGGCGGGAGACGACCCCCGGGAGAAGGGGGGCAGCCCCUCCAAAAGCCACUUCUUCCCCGGUGAUUCGGCGGGGAGUCGGAGCCGAGAGAGGACGGAGAAAGCCCCUCCGGACUCCCGGCACAGCCCGGCUACUAUCUCUUCCAGCACCCGGGGGGGAAGUUUGAGCGGCGAGGAACUGAAAAGCCCCCUCAGGGAUGGGCCCAAAGUAGAUGAGAACCGGCUGCUGGGUAAAGAGCCCUUCGCCCCCCUCACGGUGCAGACCGACAGCACGGCCCACCUGAGCCAGGGACACUUGCAGAACCUCGGCUUCCCCCCUGCCCUGGCCGGCCAGCAGUUCUUCAACCCGCUGGGGAACGGGCACCCGCUGCUGCUGCACCCCGGGCAGUUCGCCAUGGGGGGGGCUUUCUCCGGCAUGGCCGCGGGUAUGGGGCCACUGCUCGCCACCGUCUCCGGGGCGUCCGCCGGUGUCUCGGGACUGGACAACACGGUGAUGGCCACGGCGGCGGCCCAGGGACUCUCGGGAGCAUCGGCGGCUGCUUUGCCUUUCCAUCUGCAGCAGCACGUCCUGGCUUCUCAGGGCCUGGCCAUGUCUCCCUUCGGCAGCCUCUUCCCCUACCCCUACACCUACAUGGCGGCGGCGGCCGCCGCCUCCAGCGCCGCCUCCAGCUCGGUGCACCGGCACCCCUUCCUCAACGCCGUGCGGCCGCGGCUCCGCUACAGCCCCUACCCGCUGCCCGUCCCCCUCCCCGACGGCAGCAGCCUCCUCACCACCGCCUUGCCCGGCCUGGCCACCGGUUCCGGCGAGGGCAAAGCCGGGGGGUUGACCACCAGCCCCGGUUCCGUGCCCCUGGACUCCGCUUCGGACCUCACCAGCCGCUCGUCCACCCUCUCCUCCGGCUCCGUCUCCCUCUCCCCCAAACUGGGAGCAGACAAAGAGGCGGCCACCAGCGAACUGCAAAACAUCCAGCGCCUGGUCAGUGGGCUCGACCCCAAGCAGGACAGAUCCCGCAGCGGCUCCCCGUAACCCCCCCUUCUCCCCCCCGGCCUCCGGGAGCUCAUUUCAAAUCAGUCUCGCAGUGCACUUUGUUUGAAAGAAACCACAUCCUUCACCCGCGAGUUGUUUUUUUUUUUUACCCCCUCUUUUAUUUUAUUUUUCUUUCCCCUUUCUCUUUUUUUUUUUUUUUUUUUUUAAUAUAAAGUCCCCCGGCGUUGUGUGCGCUCUUAUCAGCAAAAAGGUAUCUGGCGAAGCAGGGGCGGGCGGGAGGGGGGGGGGGGGGGAGGCGUGAGGGGAGGGAGGGGGUCGGGGAUGGGGGAGCGGAGCCGAGGUGGGAGAGCUGGGUCGGAGCAGACUGGCCCGGCCGGGUCACCCGUGGGGCUGUGGCAUCCUCCUUUCCUUUUUAUUUUUAUUUUUUAAACUGUGUAAAAACGAAACAAAACAAAACAAAAAAAAAACACAAAAAAAAAGGAAAAAAAAACCACCUUAAAAGCAAAAAUAAAACAACGACAAAAAAAUCAAACAAACGUAUGAAUAAAAAUUCAGUAAGAGAAGUGACUUUUUUUUUUUUUUUCGUUCCGGAAGAAAAGUGUGUAAGUAACUCGCAUAUCGGUUCUUCAACAGUUGUUUCCUGGGUGGGUUGUUAACGACACCCCCCUUGGUCAAUAUUAAGGGAAGCUGUGUGUUUAAAAUAUUAUUGUGAUGUCUGAGAGCCAGUCCGUGGCUUUUUUUGCAUGUUCCAUAGUAGUCUGCUUU